UGUGUUUGCACGUGUGGGAUGCGAGGGAAAAGGUUUUCGAAAUAUAUAUUGUUAGAUUCGGCCCAUAAGCCGUUUGAUAAAAGUGAAUGUUCAGUAUAUUGUGUUCCAAUUUGGAAUUAUGGAAUCUCUAGCAAUAAUGCUAUCAGUUUUAGCGGCUGGAUCUGUAGUCUUCAUAACCGGCUUAAACUUGUAUUUCAAAAUCAGACACAAAUUUCCAAUUCGUGUUAACUGUUGGUUCUGCAACAGUUACACGGAUGUUCCAUAUGGAAACCGCAAUUAUUGGGAUUGCCCGAAUUGUGAACAAUACAAUGGAUUUCUCUCAGAUGGAAGCUACAAUAAGACUAUCCCAGCCCAGCAUGAUGAGCUCUUGAAUCAACCAGUCCAUGCAGUCUCUCCUAGAAAGAAAUCACUGUUGGAUGCAAAUGGAAAUGGGCUGUGUCGAAAGUGCAACAUAAACCAGGAGCUGAAAGUACAACAACUGGCUUUGUUUAUGCCUGUUAACCCAGCACGCUAUGACGAGGAAGUGGAUGAAUUUAGGCGUCAUUUGGAACGUGCGUAUCGCCUUUGCUCCUCCUGUGAAGAGGUCCUUAAAAUGACACUGCAUAAACAGAAGUCCAUGCUUCUUGGUUUCAAGCUGACACAGUUACGUAACUCUUCGUUACAUAAAGGUUUUGUCUCUGUCCUCAAGGCGAGAUGUUUCCAGUUCUACUUAUCGUGGAACCGUGUGGCACGUUACUUUGCUACCGUGUUGGCUGCGUGUCUUGUUCUGGCUGCGUCUGUCGACCUGAACGAUGGACAGCUCCCAUUGUCUAGUCUGGUGCAGAAUUCUACUCUGUGGUGUGCGGUCGAUGUCUCCCCACACGUCGUUAAUCUCGUGCCAGUGACGCUGAUGUACGAGAUACCUCUGACUGCACUUGGUACAGUGACCCAGUUCGUAGUAACCGUGCCAAGGAAACGUGGAAACAUCGGCAUAAUCUGUGUAUGCUUUUGGAUCGUUUUACACGCGCAGUCAUGGCUGAAAAGAUGGGAGAAGUUGGAGGAGUAUAUUAGUUUACUGGAUUUUAGUAUUGUGCACGUUGUUAUUGCCUUCGUGACUCUGUGUGUUUGCACCUUGGAUGCCCUGGUGGCGAGAGGAAGGUACCCUGCAGUUAAAUGUCACAACAUAGCUAGAAAAGGUUGUAGUCGCAACAGUUCUUUGGAAUCAUCCCGUGAUCUAUCUAAUAUUUCUGAUGACGGCCCUACGCCGACAAUACGAAACUGUCAACAGAAACAUGUAAAUAGUUCUUCGUCAUCUCAUGAAGUUGGUGUUAAACUUCCUAAAGUCUGUGAUUUCUACCCCAUUAGCGGCACUUCUGCCCGUACCUCGUCUCAUAUCGAACACUCGCCGUCGACCGUUACGUCCAAUUAUGAAGACAACAACUCAGAAGACUUAGGUCGUGGAUUUGGAAACUUGAAUUUAGGUUCCUCAUCUUAUGAAAAUUGGAUGAGUAGAAAAAACAAUGGCAUUUCUUCAUUUGAGACCAAGGUGUAUGGACAAAAUAGGUGCAAUGAGCUCUUUAAUGGCAGUUUAAGAAACCGAAAGAGACCCAUUAUUAGACCGUCUCAGCUCAGUUUGUGUAAGAAUGUUACCCAGUCAUCGUGGGUAGCUGGAGGGUACUGGCAGUCUCCAGUUCAUGGUAAGGCUCUGCCAUUGACAGGAAAUGAAUCACAAGAGAUGUCUACUGCAACUGCUUUUGCUCCAUUGUCACGAUCAUCCAGCCAGAGCUCAGGAUUUGUCUCGCAGUCGAGUCAGCCUGGCGUUUGUGAUGGAGCUACGAGUCUGCCAAAUUCAUGUACCGGUUCCACUUGUGGUGCAGACUUUGACAGCUUCUCUGCGCUGUCGGAGCCAGUUUGUUCAUACACUGCAGCCCCCACUUACUGCGCUAGAUCAAAGCGCGGUACGUUUGUUGGGACUCCGUACUAUGGAGGACCUCCGGUCUUCACUCACCAAACCUACAGUAUGAUUCCUCAGAUGCCUACUUUCUUGCCAAGCUAUGGAUCUCCACUGCUGCCACAGCCACAGCCUGUACCUUGUUACUAUGCCCCUCAAUCCCCUCGUCCUCUGAGUCCUAUCUGGAACCCGUCUGCAUUUUCUAUUAUACCGUUGAAGCCGCCACACACGCCAGCAGUUGAUGUUCUCAGUCGGUCAAGCAGUCAAAAUUCAAACGACAGUCGAAGCUCGGUGGACAAGUCUUCGACCGAGACUGCUGCGCAGAGACAUCGAACCUUUCUUUCAGCUGUGCGGGAUAAUUUGUUCCUAGCCGUUCUGUUUUUUGUCAGUCUUCUGUUCAAUGCAUUGAUUCUUGUAUGUGUCAUGUUGUGGAAUAGCAGCACAUUGUUUCCUGGGAUACUGUCGUGAUGUUACGGGGAUAGUAUCACACAUAUGACUAAAUUUAUUUUUGGGAGUGUGAAUAUUAGAUGUGUUGCAGCAAAUAAUUAGUCAUAUGCUUCAAUAUUGUAUUUAUAAUACAGUAUUUUAAACACUCCUUAGAUCUUUUGACAAAAGGGUUGAUUUUAUAUUUUGUACAUGUACUUCUUACUGUCUUGAGUGUGGUUUUAAUAAUUUUCAGAAUAUCAGGUAUAAAUUUUGUAUUGUGCGACGGAAAGGGGAGAUAAAAAGCAAACUUACGUAAAGUACAAAGCAUUGUUGAAAUAAGAAUUUAUGUUGCAUGUCUUAAAUACAUUUGGUUCAGGUUUUUGAAGAAAAUGUAUGUGAAUAUGAAAACCACACAAGGUGUUCCUGUUUAUUUACCAAUUAACAAGCUGAUUUUUAUUACAGAAAGAAGUGUGUAACUGUGUCAUCUUCAGGCCUUUCCUGAUUUAAUAUGAAUUAUAUCUUGGAUGGUCGUAUAUUUCCGUUAUUGUUUUAUGUAGUAAUUAGCUUCUUACUUCAUGUUUAAUGUUUUAUUAAGGGUGACAGUCUCUGUCAUGCCAAAUGAAUGUGAGAAGAAAUAUUAAGUGAAAAUAACUUUACAGAACAAUGUCUUUCAGCCACUGCCAUAUAAACCUUUAGAGAAUGGCUUCUUACAUAGUACAGCUGCAGCAUGAACUCCUCGGGCCCGCUGAUUUAGCUCUCGGCAUGCUUAAAUGACCCAGUAAUUAAGUAUGCCAGGUUUCAUUUCAUUCCAGUUACAUUUAUUCUACAGAAGAACUAGAUGUGACAUACUUUGCCACAUGAAUACCAACACUGCCACAAGUAACACGUCUGCUUUGCCACAUCAAACGCUCUGAUUAGACUGUGCAAGUUUAUGCGUUUGAAUUUGUUGUUUAUUCAUUGCCAGUGAAUGUAUUGUUAUAACCUUUGAAGAAACCUAAUUUGUAUGGGAGGAAAAACCAAAAGAUUAUGCAUCAAGUUGAGUGAUUUCAAAUGCUGUCCACGUGAGCCGCAGGCUUGACUGAGUGUUGAUAGUAUUAAACGCCUGCUUGUGUCCAACUUGGUAUAUCGAGGUGAAUACCUUAUCACACAUUUAAUCCUCAGUCCAGUUAUAAUUACUUCGCCAAAUGCGUAUCACCAUGUAGUUUGUAUCUAGUCUGUGUAACAAAAGUUGAGAUAUGCACUAACCUGGAAAAUGUUUCCCUUUUA